AUGGAUCAUCUUCUCAAGAUGACAUACGCCAUCUAUCCAGACAUUGAAAUCCCGUACCUCUGUGAUGGCUGGACAUAUUCGGAUCCCUUUGAAACAUACCCAGAAAGACUGGGCUUCACGAGAUCUGAUCUGAUAAAUGCUCCGUCCUCGACCCAACCAGCUACAGAAGUCGACAAGCUCCUCCAAGCGUUAUUGUUCUUCGGCCUGCUUCAAACCAUUUUUGGCUCAUUAUUUGAACGAAAUCAAUUCAUUCGGUCAAACCCGACUGGACAACGUAUCAUAUCUACACAACAUCUACGGAGAAUGACGGUCUACUUCAACGAGAAAAGACCAGAUCGCCUAGAUCCCGGAUGGAACAAAGAAUGGAGGAAUAUACGAAAAUACCUGGUUUUGGCAAAUUCGAUUGUCGUGGCACGACAGGAAAAUUGCGAGGCGCUGGGCCGGGUACAGACGCCGACUCAACUUCUGCUGACAGUGUUGCUUCAGUUCCUGGCGAAAAAUUUAGGUAUACCUGAUGAAGUAAGACGGUCAAGAAAUCUCAAGAGUGGAUUGAUUGAAAACAUGAUGAUUGAACGCGGCUGGUGUCGCAGACAGGUUGCCUAUCUUACCGAAUCCUUACAUGUUGAGAGUUUGUAUACGCUUUCACGAAUCGAGAGGCCAGAUGCGCACUUGCGGCACUCGAUGGCCUGUGAGACUGUUGAUUGCGUGGCGAAUCAAGUGGACAGAGAGACCUACAGGACCAAACAUGUCUGUCAUGACGGCUCCUGUGCCCCUGUCACUGCGAAUCAAGAGGAAAUGUUCAACAUGCUUAAAUCCGGCCAUUUACCACUUAUUGCGAACCGAAAUUAUGCGGACCGAAAUGACAUCAAAUUGCUUGAUACACGGAGCGCCCGGACAUACGUGGCAGUAUCUCAUGUCUGGUCGCACGGCUUGGGUAACCCAAGAAACAACUCGUUGCCCAAAUGUCAACUAGCUCGUCUGAACCAGAUUGUGAAUGAUCUUUACGGACACGAGGAAGAAGAGCAGGGGGUUUCGGUGCCGUACUGGAUCGAUACCAUUUGUUGUCCUACAGAUCCGACAGAAGCCAGGGCCCUUGCGAUUCUGAACCUCAGAAAGACGUACAGAGGAGCGGACAAGGUUCUUGUUCUUGAUGCAAAUUUGGAAGUAAUUAAUUCUGCACCACUUUUCGUCCCCGAGAUAGCUCUCCACAUCUCCUGUUCCACCUGGCUGACAAGGCUCUGGACACUUCAAGAAGGCGCCCUCGCUGCAUCCAUCUACUUCCACUUCGCUGACCGGAUCAUCGAUCUGGCAUCCAUAGAGUGGAGUCUGCGGUAUGAUCGUUCAUGCCGCGAAUUCAGCGAUCUUUUAGGGGGUUUAUAUAAUUUCCGCCACGCGGACCAGAAAGACAUGGGCCUUCCAGCGUCGGGCUUGAUACAGUUCCUCCACGCCUCUGUCCGGAAUCGGUCAACUAGCUAUGCGAGCGAUGAGGCACUGUGUCUCGCAACGUUGGCGGGUCUAGAUAUGGAGGAUAUUGCCAGGUUCGAAGGGGUGGAAGAUCGGAUGUAUGAGUUCUGGAGGCUGCUGAGACCGGCUCCAUCACUGAUGGCAUUCUGGAGUGGACCCAGGAUGAGAACGAAGGGACGUAGAUGGGGCCCGAGGACGUUGAGGGGGGGAUUCGAUUUGAAUUUGGAUAUGAAAAUGGCGGCCAGAGAGGAGGAGGAGGCGAGUAUGAGAGGUGAAAAAGGCGCUGUUAUUACGGAGCGGGGGAUGAUGAUCAUGGCGCCGGGACUCAUAUUUGAGGCUCAAGAGCAAGACAUGAGGAUGGAAAUAGGGCCUUUAGUUAAAGGAGAGCAGUUCUUGGUUCAAUGUGUGAGUGCCGGGGAGGAGAAUAAGGAGAAUAGCUGGUUCCAUGUUCGCAAAACCAGGACAGACGAGGUAUCGGACAAGUUGAGCCAACUACCGCCAGCAUCUUCGGAGGCUUGCCAGACAAAGACUGAGGGAAGGGGAGGCCACUGCGAUCAAUGUCAAUAUGCGUUGAUCCUUAAACGAGGCAAGCGUCUUGACGUUGCGAACUAUGACGAAGGCGCAAUUGAUCAUCAGGCGCUCCUUGUCAGUAUCGAGCAGGGACGGCCAGGUAUGGUCAUCUUCUCGGACAUUAUAUAUAAUGUGUCCAUCAACCAGUUUCCGGGUGAGGUGCGGCAAGAUCCCCGAGAGGUCACUGGAUCUGCUGUUAUCUCGGUCAGUGAUCGUUCCACGGCCAACAUCGACCAUUUGGCAUUAGUAAACGGGGUUGAGAUAGGAUCGGAGUUGAAAGCGAGUGGAGACAAAGAAAAACGGCUACCAGUUUUCAAUGGUUGGAUGCUCCAAGAUACGCAGGAAUGGUGUAUUGGUUGA